AUGCCGACAUCCUGCAUUGAAACAGACCAUUGUGGUACCAUCACACCAAUAUGGUUUCAAGGAAUUCUUCCAUCGGCACAGCAGGGAGCUGUAGAAGGAAAAGGAUGCAUCAACCGCGGGAAGGAGGACUAUUUGCUUUUUGCAUAUGGGGGAACCAAAUGUUGCCAUGAAGACUUGCAGAUAUGUGCUAAAAACUGUAACGGAUAUUAUGUAUACAGAUUGACCAGAAGUCCCGGAUGCUCAAUAUCGUAUUGUGCAGACUAUUCGACAGCAGGUUGUAGUUACACAUUUAUAUACAACCCGAUAAAUCAUAAAUGUGAGGCAAAGAUAAAAAUAGUUGCUACACGUGAUUUCGUAAAGGAUGGAGACAAAACGCAUACGCUGUCAUUUAAACCAAUAGAAACUGCUCAAAACAAGCAUCUUAGUUUACAAAAUAUUAUGUGGAUGAAACAUCAGAUUAGCCCCAUUCAGAUUCACAUACAGUCGAACAAAGCAUGCUAUGCCCAUCAAAAGGCUGCGUGUAUAUGUGGAAUUGUAGCCCAAGAAGGAAACGAUAUUGUAGAAAUAAAUGGUUGUACACAAAGAAAAAACGUUUAUUAUGUGUCAAACAAACCAUACUGCAUUUUCAACAUUGAUGAAAAAGGUUUCAAUACAGAGCACAAACCAAGUGUUGUAGUAGGAGAUAAAAAGUCAACUACACAAUCAAUUAACUUCCCUUCGGGGGCACGAUUAACUGUGACAACAAAUGAUCAAAAUCAGAUGUUGUCCCCAGUAAAUUUAGAGAUACCAUCAGACCACAAAGGAUGCGCAGAAGGUCAGUGUGGGUCAUUUGACGGAAGGUACAUUGACCGAAAUGUACAUUAUUUAAGGAAAAGAUCACUGCCGACCUGGCCAACAGCAACAGGAAAAACUCUGUCAUAUGCGGUUGAAUUAUGCAAAAUCGCUUUUCAAAAAGCCUCUUUAUAUCCAUAUUGCAAGGUAAAUGUUGAUGGUUACACUGGAAUGAUAGAAGGUUGCACAGAAGAUAUCAAACCCAAUACAUGUGAAAUAGAUGGACAAUGUAGACAAAAAGGAGAGCAGAAUUCGGAACAACACAUAUGUGAACCAUCUGUUAACCAGCUUAAGUGGACAACAGACCAACGAGUAACUGAAAUAGAUCAUUUCACAGCAAGCCUAACCGGAUGUUUGUGUGUUGAUGAUCCUGGAUCUUUUUCUUGUGCUUGCUGUCAGAAUGCAGGUUGUCCAUGUGCAUCUCUAUCACCUCACCAGUGUGUUGAUUGCAAACACCAGGAUGAAUGUGGAAAAUAUCCAGAAAUUUUCAACAUUUAG